CCAAACGAUUUAUCACUCCACGCCGUUCCCAUUAUCAGCUGUUAUCGUUCGUGUUCUUGUCUCGCGACUUUAUGCUUAGAGCGCAUUCUGAACUAAUCGUUAGCCUCUUCAAAAUCUCGCGCGAGUUUCCACCAUGGCAUCCACCAAGGAAAACGAUAACGAGGAAGAGCAAGCGUUCCUUCAACCUGGGGCGCCCCAGGAAGAUGUUGCUUGGUCUCGGGAAGGACGAGGUCCUCGCAAGGCAACACGAUACCUGCGACUCGCACUAGAGAUUGCAAUGGCAGUCAUCAUAAUUCUACUAUUGGGCAAUAUAGUUUACCAACGAAUAGAUGGCAAACAAACUCCAGUUCCGAAUUUUCCCCGAAAGACAUACACAUUCCUCCCGGAUGCUAAAUACGUACGCGACGACAUGCUCUUCGACGAGCAUGACACCCUCCAUACUCUUCACAACUGGAUACCGCUAAGCGCAGACGCCAGAGGCUACGUCCAGAUUCCCGAUUAUGAAGUCUACGAUAUUCUCGGAAAGCCCCAUACAGUAGCCAUCAACCGGACGUCUGACGGACCCGCAUACAUGAUGUCAGUUUUUCACCAGCUUCAUUGCUUGUCAUAUGUCGUCAAGCAUUACCAGCAAGGAUACGCCGGCGUCAAAUUGACGGAAGAGGUAGCCCAUCACUCGUCACACUGCUUCGACUAUCUCCGCCAAUCCAUCAUGUGUUCCGCGGAUACCAACUUAGAGGGAGAGUCGGAAUACGGCCCAGGCUGGGGAUCGAAACACGAAUGCGCCGAUUACGAUGCUGUGCUAACUUGGGCAAAUAAGCAUUCGGCGAUGAAAUGGAGGAAUGGCCUUCUCCCGGACGAUGCUGUACUCUAAUUAAAUUAGUUGGUCCUUGAUUUGGGCGAAUUGUAUAUAUGAUCAUCAAGGUACAUACCCUCCUAUUAUACAAACUGCAUGCGCUAGCAAAGGGACAGGGGCAGGAAGCAUAUAUCGACAGAGCUGUGUAAUAUUGUAGUAGUGUAGCAGAGGGCUAUUGUAGAAAUGUACAAGGUGCUAUUCAAGUAGCAACUUAAAGGCUGCUGAUACAUCUGCUGGCAUCUGCCGGUUGCUAGGCAGCGUGGUGCAUCCGAAGUUGACUUAAAUAGUUCUUUAGGCAAACACUCUGCCAUCCCUUAUCAGAUGCUGCAAACCCAACACGGCCGUGGUCAAGCGGUUAUUUGAAGAAGGGUGAUGAAAUAAUUCUACGACGAGUUUUUCGUAGGGCAUAGGUUCGAAUCAUUGUCAGGGCGGCAGUAAGGCCAACUGUUCAGGUCAAAUGACAAUGGUUCGAAUUCUGGGACCCGAGCUUUUUUGUCCCCUUUUAUCUUUUAUUUUAUUUUCUUGCUCCUUCCUACUCCUUUUUUAUGACAAAAAGAUAUUCCAAACCUGAAUAGAAAACGCGAAAUGUCUUAGAACCCUAACCCAA